AUGUCAUCAUCUUCGUCCGAUGAAGUCGAAGAAAGAUUGAACGAAAUUUUCGACGAUAUCUUGGAAGAUACAUACAACGACAUAGUGGAGGCCAAAACCAGUAAGCAAAGGAAACAGGCUUAUAUAGAACGAAACCGUGAAGCGGGACACAGCCGCUUAUGGGAUGACUACUUCACCGAAGAUUCGACAUUCUCGACAUAUUUAUUCAGACGACGUUUCCGCAUGAAUAAGGAUUUAUUCUUGCGUCUUGUUCAUGGCCUCUCAGAGAACGUUCCAUUCUUUCGACAAAGAAGAGAUGCAACCGGGAGGUUUGGUCUUUCUCCACUACAAAAAUGUACAGCAGCUAUUCGUCUGCUUGCUUAUGGUACUGCGGCUGACACG